UUUUUAACGAAAAGGUACUAAAGAGGUCUUGAGGGGUUUUGCGUUGCAGUUCUGUUGUUGCAAUUCAGAAUCAUAUGCUUCAUGUAAAUAACAACAAGAAAAGCCCCAUGAAUCUUUCGACCUUUUUCUUCCCACAGGUGUAACAUCUGCAAGGCUCAAGAGAUGGACAUGUUAUUUGAUGCUUAUCUCACUCACGAGUCCCUUCAGUGUGAACCAGAUGACAUUCCUUGCACCUCUGACCCUGUCUGGAUCCUGGGAGAGAAAUACGAUGCCAACAAAGAACUGGCCGCCAUAAGAAAAGAUAUAACGUCCCGACUGUGGUUCACGUACCGAAAAGGCUUCGUGCCCAUCGGCGAUUCAGGAAUAACAACAGACAGAGGCUGGGGUUGCAUGCUUCGUUGCGGACAAAUGGUCUUGGGACAAGCACUCCUUUUUUUACACUUGGGACGGGAUUGGCGAUGGGACCACGAGCAAAGGAACCCAGCCUACGUCUCAAUCCUGAGCAUGUUCGAAGACAACAAAUCGGCCAACUACUCAAUACACCAAAUUGCCCUCAUGGGAGCUUCUUCCGAGGGCAAAGAUGUGGGCCAGUGGUUCGGCCCCAACACUGUCGCUCAAGUUAUUAAAAAACUGUCGCCAUAUGAUCAUUGGAGCUCACUUGAAGUGCACAUUGCUUUGGACAAUACCCUGGUGAUUGGGGAAUUGAAGCGGCAAUGCCGGAAACAAAAUAAAUGGAGCCCGCUUUUGCUUUUCCUGCCACUUCGCCUAGGCCUAAGUGAGAUCAAUCCUAUUUAUGCUGAGAGCAUAAAAAAAUGCUUUUCCUUCCAACAAUCGCUGGGCAUAAUUGGCGGAAAACCAAACCAUGCGAUGUACUUCAUUGGAUGCGUAGGAAAUGACCUAAUUUGCUUAGACCCACACAAAACCCAGCAAGCUGUGAGAGUAAAUAAGGACUGUAGCAAAGAAGACGACAUGUCUUUCCACUGCCAAUAUGCAACAAGGUCACCAAUCAUGGAGCUGGAUCCUUCGAUGGCAGUCUGUUUCUAUUGCGCGAACGAGAGUGAUUUGGACAAGUUAUGUCAGUUGUUGCACGAGAAUUUGGUGGUUAACGAGAAGCAGCCAUUAUUUGUGAUUUGUACCGAGAGACCUGCGGAAGUCCAACUUAAGACCCUCGACGAUCCAAUGAAGUCUCCGACUGUGUCUGGUACCGAUGAUGAGUCUGACGAUGAAUUUGAGAUGCUGGGCUGAGGACUUUUAAUUUAUAUUUCUAUCUAAAUUUUUAUUUCUACUGAUAAUAUUGAAUAAAUUAUUUUUUACGUAAUACUCAA